ACCACCGGGGAGACAAGGAUGACAUUUCAGGCUGUGAACAGCACGGUCAUGAUUGUGUCCUGCUGAAUCAAACAAACUCCUUGAGAGAAACUUUUCAACCAGAGUGAAGGCGAGAGGAAAUCAAAAGAGAGUAGCCUAUAUUUCAUAUCUUUUUUUUGGAUGUCUUUUUUUUGUCUUUUCGACAUUGACUCCUCUUUCUCCCCGGAUCUGGUCGGAUCUGGUCUGUGGGUGAAGCGGGCUUCUUGGUGCGAGAUAAUCGGCAGGUGAUGUGAGUUAAUGAGGCGGAGAUGCGGGGGGACAAACUCAGACGCGCUCCUCUCCGGCGGCAGGUGCGCAACAAGUGAGCGACGGGACACAACAAGAAGAAACCGAAUAGAGGAAGUACGGGAGUCCAAAGUGGAAAGUUACUGGGAAAAGGAAGUAGAUAAAAUAGAAAGACUUCCCUGAACCUCGCUAUGGACACCGGGCAAAGCGCUCAGGUCACCGACAUGGGAGGGGAACACUCAGCCGGGGUUUGCCUGGUGGAGAGGGACCGGGAGAGGGGCGAGGUGUCCAGCCCGAGUCCACCCGCCAAGCAGCGCUCUCUGCGGGUGGUUUACGUCCUGAACGACGGCUUGAAGGCGGGGAUGGCCAGAGGACCAGAGUCCGGAGCGCUGCAGUGUUUGCAAAGAGCCUGCGACUCAGAAAGCGCCCUGCUGACCACCGUCACCUUCGGACGGCUGGACUUUGGAGAGACAUCAGUGCUGGACAGUUUCUACGAUGCAGACAUCGCGGUUGUGGACAUGAGCGAUGUGUUCCGGCAGCCCUCCUUGUUUUACCAUCUGGGCGUGAGGGAGAGCUUCGACAUGGCCAACAACGUCAUCCUGUACCAUGACACAGACCCUGACACUGCCCAGUCACUGAAGGACAUGGUGGCACAGAAGAACACAAAGGCCUCUCGUCCCCCAGCUGUAGGUUUUCCCUGGGUUCAGUUGCCUCCAGAGUACAGAGGCUCUGGAUUGCGUAAUAAAGCAUCCAGUGGGAACUACUACUUCAUCCCCUACAUAGUGACUCCUAACCAUGAGUACAUGUGCUGCGAGAGCGACGCUCAGCGCAGGGCCAGUGAGUACAUGCAGCCCAGCUGGGACAACCUGCUGGGGCCGCUCUGCGUCCCCCUGACCGACCGCUUCACCAGCCUGCUGAAGGACAUCCACGUCACAUCCUGUGCUUCCUUUAAGGACACCCUCCUGAAUGACAUCAGGAAGGCCAGAGAGAAGUACCAGGGAGAAGAGCUCGCCAAGGAGCUCUCCCGAAUCAAACUACGAAUCGACAACACAGAGGUCCUCACCCAGGACAUCGUUAUGAACCUGCUGUUCUCCUACAGGGACAUACAGGACUACGAUGCCAUGGUUAAGCUGGUGGAGACUCUGGAGAUGCUGCCGACGUGUGAUCUGGCCACCCAGCCCAUGAUCCAGUUUCACUACGCCUUCGCCCUCAACAGGAGAAAUAGUCCUGGAGACAGGGAGCAGGCUCUCGAGGUGAUGCUGCAGGUGUUGCAGUCGUGUGAACAUCCUGCGCCGGACAUGUUCUGCCUCUGUGGACGGAUAUACAAGGACAUCUUUCUGGAUUCAGACUGCAAAGACACUAAAAACAGGGACAACGCCAUACAGUGGUAUAGAAAGGGUUUUGAGCUGCAGCCCACUCUCUACUCGGGGAUCAAUCUCGCAGUCCUCCUCAUAGUUGCUGGCCAACAGUUUGAGAGCUCCAUGGAACUGAGGAAAAUAGGUGUGCGGUUGAACAGUCUGCUUGGGCGCAAAGGCUCGCUGGAGAAGAUGAAUAACUACUGGGACAUCGGCCAGUUUUUCACUGUUAGCAUGCUAGCUAGCGACAUCCCUAAAGCUACUCAGGCUGCAGAGAAGCUUUUCAAACUGAAACCACCUCUCUGGUAUUUAAAGUCUGUGGUGCAGAACCUGCAGCUGAUCCAGAGGUUUAAGAAGCAGUCGGUCGAACAUUCGCCCCUCAGGGAGAGACUCAACUUCUGGAUGGACAUCAUCGUAGAGGCCACGCAGGGAACGACCAAUCGACUGCGGUUUCCUGUGCUGAUUCUGGAGCCGACUAAAGUUUACCAGCCCUCCUACGUGUCCAUCAAUAACGAGGCUGAAGAGAAGAACGUGUCGAUCUGGCAUGUUUCUCCUCCAGAAACUAAAGGAAUCCACGAGUGGAACUUCACUGCAAUGUCCAUCAAAGGCAUCAGCAUCAGUAAGUUCGACGAACGCUGCUGCUUCCUCUACGUCCACGACAACUCGGACGACUUCCAGAUCUACUUCUCCACUGAAGAGCAGUGCGGUCGGUUCUGCUCCAUGGUGAAGGAGAUGAUAACGGACGGGUCGGGGAACGCUGUGGAGCUGGAGGGCGAAGGAGACGGAGAUACGCUGGAGUAUGAGUACGACACAGAUGAGACAGGAGACAGGGUGGUGCUGGGAAGAGGCACCUAUGGAGUGGUGUAUGCUGGGAGAGACCUCAGCAACCAGGUCCGAAUCGCCAUCAAAGAAAUCCCUGAGAGAGACAGCAGAUACUCUCAGCCCCUUCAUGAAGAGAUUGCCCUUCACAAGUACCUGAAGCACAGAAACAUUGUCCAGUACUUGGGCUCUGUCUCUGAGAACAGAUACAUCAAGAUCUUCAUGGAACAAGUACCUGGAGGAAGCCUGUCUGCGUUGCUGCGGUCGAAAUGGGGCCCGCUGAAGGAGGCGACGAUAAUCUUCUACACCAGACAGAUCCUGGAGGGGCUCCGGUACCUGCACGAGAACCAGAUCGUACACCGAGAUAUAAAGGGGGACAAUGUGUUGGUGAAUACUUACAGUGGCGUCUUGAAGAUCUCAGACUUUGGCACCUCUAAGCGGUUGGCGGGAGUCAACCCCUGUACAGAGACAUUCACAGGGACUCUUCAGUACAUGGCUCCAGAAAUCAUUGAUAAAGGCCCUCGGGGAUACGGCGCCCCGGCUGACAUCUGGUCUUUGGGGUGCACCAUUAUAGAAAUGGCCACUGGGAAACCUCCCUUUCACGAGCUGGGAGAACCACAGGCGGCCAUGUUUAAGGUGGGCAUGUUUAAGAUCCACCCGGAGAUCCCCGAGUCCUUGUCACUGGAGGCCAAGUCGUUCAUCCUGCGCUGCUUUGAGCCGGACCCCAACAAGAGAGCCAUCGCCUCAGACCUCCUCAAAGACACUUUUGUCAGACAAACCACGAAGGGAAAGAAGAGCAAGAUCGCCUUCAAACCGUCAGACUACAUCCACAACGUUUCCCUGCCAGUCCAGCUGCAGUGCGAGGCCGCCGGGAGCAGCAGCAGUGAGCACGGCUCCGUGAGCCCCGACUGCGACUCCAAACACGACGUCUUCUUCCAGAAAAAGAAAAACUCCGGCUCCGAGAAUCUACUCAAACCCCCCAACUCCAACUACCUGAGUGUUCCAGAUGAAGGUUCGGUGUCAGAGGACCGCAGUGCACCCGCCUCCCCCGAGGACAGGGACGGCGGUCUGUUCCUGCUCAAGAAGGACAGCGAGAGACGGGCCAUCCUGUACAAAGUCCUCAAUGAAGACCAGGCAAAGGUCAUCUCCAACCUGAAGGAGAACCACAUCCAGGGCAUUGAGGAGCUCCAGCUGUCUGUCGACCACAUCAAGCAGAUCAUCUGCAUCCUCCGAGACUUCAUCCAUUCCCCCGAGAGGCGCGUCAUGGCCGCCACCAUCUCCAAGCUCAAGCUGGACCUGGACUUCGAUUCCACCUCCAUCAACCAGAUUCAGCUGGUCCUCUUUGGCUUUCAGGACUCGGUAAACAAAGUCCUGAGAAACCAUCACAUUAAACCUCACUGGAUGUUUGCCAUGGACAACAUCAUCCGCCGAGCUGUGCAGGCUGCCAUCACCAUCCUGAUACCAGAGCUGCAGACCCACUUUGGCCCGGCGUCAGAGUGCGAGGGAGCAGAGAAGGAGGACGAAGUGGAUGAAGAAGAAGCAGAGUUCGGUCCUGUUGUAGCUCCUCACGCUGACGACUCCGGGACCGGGACCGCUGACCCCAUCCAAUCCGUGACCAGUACGCUAAACUCUGCCCACUCCCAGGAGCAGCAGCGCCCGUAUCAUCAACUUGCCGCUCAACUGGGGAGGCUCAAACAGGAGACCAAUAGGCUGCUGGAGGAGCUGCUGCAAAAGGAGAAGGAGUACCAGCACGUCCUGAAGUCCACCCUGCAGCAGAGAACACAUGACCUGGAGCUGGUCAGAGUCAGACACAAACCACCGGACAUCUCACCUCCAUCCAUCUUCCACAUCCCAGCGGACCACGAGCCAGAUAAGCAGCUCACCGAUUGGCUGAAAGAGCAGGGAGCAGAAGCUGACACAAUAGAUAAGUUCGUACUGGAGGAAUACACACUGACUGACGUUCUAAAUGAAGUUUCCAGAGAUGACCUCCGCUGUCUUCGUCUACGGGGUGGCGUCCUCUGCCGCAUCUGGCGGGCCAUCCAGCGGCACAGAGAGCGAGAGAGGCUGAGGGUUGAUGACCAAUCAGAAGAUGAUGCAUGAGGGGAUACAGGGACUACAACUGUGGAGGACUCUUGAUUUGCAGAAACACAUCUGCACAGCGUCAGCCCUUCACUGCUGCCUCUACUCUCUUCCUCUCUCCCCAGUGCCUUUUCAUGUUUAAGUCUCUCUUUUCACACAUGCAGGACUGACUGAAUCUGUGUUUCGACUGCUCGGCUUCACACACUGUCACACUUGACCAAAGCGCUUAAGUGCAGGCACAACUGUAUGUAUUUGUGAGUGCAUUUAAAUGUCUACGUAUGGCAGCGUCUGCAAUGACAAAUUAUCGGUAAUAUCAAUUUACAUACAUUCUACUCAGAUAAAACAUGCUAAAUCACUUUGAAGAUUUCCAUGACUUUUAGACUGAUCUAUCUGUCCAACGUCUUUCCAAGUGUGUCCCCUUGUUUUAUUUUGUUUUAAAGAUUUUUUGGGGGCUUUUUGCCUUAAUUUGAUAGGACAGUGGAAAGGCCGGAAUCUAUGGAGAGAAAGUGGGGAAUAAAAUGCGGGAAAGGAGCCAAAGGUCGGACAUGAAUCCGGGCUGCCCGCUUGGAGGACUAUAGCCUCUGUACAUGCCAAAUUUUAAAUUUGUGGAAACCGAUAAAGUCUUUGUUUUAUGUGGAAUACUUUCAAUAUUUAAUAUACCCUUAGUCCAAAACUGUGCAGUGAUGAUCCUCCACAUAUCACUGGGAAUCCCUGUCGAUGUCUUUUUGAAUACUAAUGCCAACGGAAAUCUCAAGGCCUUAAGUUUUGUAAAAUAAUGUGGCAACAUUGAUGAUUUAUUGAAGCAUGCACAUACAUCUUGAACGGUCUGCAUCAUCGCCUUUACAUUUCUACGCAUGUUAUUUAUUGUGCAUUGUGUUUUUAAUGAAAUUACUUCAGUUUCUUCUCUGUGUGUACCUGUAUCUAUGUUUUUUUUUAUUCCAACUGUUUUAUGUGCUUGUCAGUUUCAUGAUGGCUUUACAACUGCAAUAAAUCAGGAAGUUAUAAAAAUAGUUUUCA